AUGCAAUGGCUGAAUAAUAGAGCCGCCUCCCUUUGUGUUUCAUGUUCUCUUUUUUGUGGUUUCACAUUGUCUAGCUCAUUCACCUUGUGCUUCAUUGUUUGGCGCCCAACCCUUUUGACGCCCUUUGGUGACAAUGCCAUUCUUUUUCUUUUUUCUCUUUAUGUUCAUGAUGUCUUCCUUCGCUUUGUAGUUCUUCUUCUUGUUCUUCUCGUUCUUCUUUACUCUAAUCCCCGAGUUGACCUCGUGGCAAUCUUCUUUCUCUCUUUCGUCCAUUCUUUCGGCGCCAUUUCUUCUGCGAAGACGGUGUUCCCGCUGGUCAGCUUGUGA